AUGCCCUCUCGUACUUUUAUAUCACAGGAAGAAAAUUCUAUGCCUGGAUUUAAAGCGGCUAAAGAUCGUUUGACGUUGUUAUUGGGUUCGAAUGUUGAAGGUGAUCUUAAAUUGAAACCCCUUUUAGUUUAUAGGUCUGAAAAUCCUCGAGCUCUCAAAAAUUACGUCCAGAGUACUCUUCCAGUUAUAUGGAAGGCUAAUCCAAAGGCAUGGGUUACAUCAAUACUUUUUGAAGAAUGGUUUACUAAGCAUUUUAUACCUGAAGUGAAACAGUACUGUUCAAACAAUAAUUUGGCUUAUAAAGCUUUACUUAUUUUGGACAAUGCUCCCGGUCAUCCUGUGCGUAUUGCCGAUAUUGAUCCUCAAAUCAAAGUCGUGUUCCUGCCUCCCAACACCACUUCGUUGUUACAGCCGAUGGAUCAAGGAGUUAUCGCGUCUUUUAAGGCCUAUUAUCUCAGGAGAACUUUUUCACAGGCUGUAAAGGCUAAUGAAAAUGAUGGCAUGGAGCUGAGAGAUUUUUGGAAAAGUUAUAAUAUCCUGCAAUGCGUAAAAAAUAUUGCUACUUCAUGGGAUGAGGUGACACCCAACAAUUUAAAAGGAGGGUGGAAAAAGUUAUGCCCAUUUUUUUUUGAGCCAUCUGAAAGUUCUACAUCUACAGAUCAACCAAAUGUCGAUGAGAUCACAACUGACAUUGUUCAUUUGGCUAACCGAAGCGCUAUAUUUGGAGGUGUGAAUGACGAUGAUUGUGUGUCCCAUGAUGAGAUGAAGAUUUGGACUUGUCUUUGGAGAUUUACUAAAAACUUUCAGACACUUAAUUAA